GAAUGGUCCACAUGACGUAUGAGACGACAGCUUGAGGUAAUACUGCUAUAGCCAGGCAUUUUGUUUGAAAAUUCACCUCAUGUUCUUGUAUUUUCACAUGCGAAAGGCUAUCGCUCGAUUACAACGUGGAAAUGCGGGCGGCGAAUCUUAACUUCACAGUUGUGUUCAAACUGCAAACAUAUGUGCCAAAGAGAGCAGCAUGAGGACGAUACUUGUUACGCGGAGUUUUUCGGCUGUGAAUGAAGUGCUGUCACAGGUGGGGUGUAAGAUCUGGUUAGAUCCACCAACAGCUUAUAACGCAUUGACUCCUAUUGAAGUAGUGCUUAUCUUACGAAAGGAUCGAUGCAAAGUGUUUGUAAUGAAUUUAAUGCGAUCUUGGAUGCUUUGUCACCUAAGCUCUAAGCUAGUUCGUAUACCUCUUGUCAUGAUUCCUUCUAAGCCAAAGGGGUAUGACGCAUCAUUGUUGCUGCAUCCACAUGCAACGCUUUUGAGUCAUCUGCGCUUAAUACUUAAGUCGCUCCAACAACUGCCAUCACAAUACGGUAGCUGAUUUGUUU